AUGGCGGACUUCCAUGGUGCAUCAGCACAUUCCAAGAACUCAUCCGAUAAUCUAAACCACUUGAAUACCAAUAUCGAGUCGGGCACCUUCGACGAGAAGCUUGGCCAGAAUGCGACCUCCGCUUCUGCGAGAAAGCCAGUUGAUGAUGACGACGAAGACGAGGACAUGGACGCUCUGAUCGAUGAGCUCGAAUCCGAGGAUGGCCAUGCCGAGGACGACGAGGAAGAGAACGAAGCUACUCCAGCCGGUGGACGCGUCGUUCCCGAGGAUCAACUCCAAACAGAUACUCGAAUUGGUCUGACCGACGCUGAGGUCCACGCCCGCCGCAAGAAGUAUGGCUACAACCAGAUGAAGGAGGAAAAGGAGAACAUGAUCCUCAAGUUCCUUGGAUACUUCAUCGGUCCUAUUCAGUUCGUCAUGGAAGCGGCCGCUGUUCUCGCUGCAGGUCUUCAGGACUGGGUCGAUUUCGGUGUCAUCUGCGCCUUACUAUUGCUCAACGCCUCCGUUGGUUUCAUCCAAGAGUUCCAGGCUGGUUCGAUUGUCGACGAGUUGAAAAAGACCUUGGCGUUGAAGGCCGUGGUGCUUCGUGAUGGUCGUCUGUUCGAGAUCGAGGCUCCGGAAGUUGUCCCCGGUGACAUUCUACAAAUUGAAGAAGGUACCAUCAUUCCUGCUGAUGGCCGCAUUGUUACCGACGAUGCUUUCCUCCAAGUUGACCAAUCUGCCAUCACCGGCGAGUCUCUCGCAGUCGACAAGCAAAAGGGUGAUCAGUGCUAUGCUUCUUCCGGUGUCAAGCGUGGCGAGGCCUUCAUGGUUAUCACAGCUACUGGUGAUAAUACCUUUGUCGGUCGCGCUGCUGCGCUUGUCAACAAGGCUUCCAGCGGAACUGGACACUUUACUGAGGUCUUGAACGGCAUUGGCACGGUUCUUCUCGUCCUAGUCAUUUUCACCAACUUGGUUGUCUGGGUCUCGUCUUUCUAUCGCUCCAACGGGAUUGUCACGAUUCUCGAGUACACCCUUGCUAUAACUAUUAUUGGUGUUCCCGUCGGUCUUCCAGCUGUCGUUACAACCACUAUGGCUGUAGGGGCUGCAUACCUCGCCAAGAAGAAGGCCAUUGUUCAAAAGCUUUCUGCCAUCGAGUCCCUCGCUGGCGUUGAGAUCCUCUGCUCUGAUAAGACUGGUACCUUGACGAAAAACAAGCUCUCCCUUGCUGAGCCAUUCACGGUUCCAGGUGUUGACGCAGAUGACCUUAUGUUGACUGCGUGUCUCGCCGCCUCUCGUAAGAAGAAAGGUAUCGAUGCCAUCGACAAGGCCUUCUUGAAGGCUCUCCGAUACUACCCACGCGCCAAGGCUGUUCUUUCCAAGUAUAAGGUCAUUGAAUUCCACCCUUUCGACCCGGUUUCCAAGAAGGUCCAGGCCAUCGUCGAGUCACCCCAAGGCGAGAGAAUCAUCUGCGUGAAGGGUGCACCACUGUUCGUUCUCAAGACUGUCGAGGAGGACCACCCAAUCCCUGAGGAUAUCGAUCAAGCCUACAAGAACAAGGUUGCCGAAUUUGCUACCCGAGGCUUCCGCUCCCUUGGAGUGGCCCGUAAGCGUAAUCAAGGCCAAUGGGAGAUUCUUGGUAUCAUGCCCUGCUCUGAUCCUCCUCGCCACGACACUGCCCGCACUAUCAAUGAAGCUAAGACUUUGGGCCUCUCAAUCAAGAUGCUGACUGGAGAUGCUGUGGGUAUCGCCCGUGAGACUUCCCGUCAACUCGGUCUCGGAACGAAUGUCUACAACGCUGAACGUCUUGGUCUUGGCGGCGGUGGAGAUAUGCCAGGUUCGGAGGUUUACGAUUUCGUCGAGGCUGCUGAUGGUUUUGCUGAGGUGUUCCCUCAACACAAGUACAACGUCGUUGAGAUCCUGCAACAACGUGGAUACCUCGUUGCCAUGACUGGUGAUGGGGUGAACGAUGCCCCAUCGCUGAAGAAGGCUGAUACCGGUAUUGCUGUGGAGGGUGCUUCCGAUGCUGCUCGGUCUGCAGCCGACAUCGUUUUCUUGGCUCCUGGCCUCGGCGCUAUCAUUGAUGCUCUCAAGACUUCUCGCCAGAUCUUCCACCGCAUGUAUGCCUACGUCGUCUACCGGAUUGCCUUGUCCAUCCACUUGGAGAUCUUCCUCGGUCUCUGGAUUGCCAUUCUAAACAGAUCGCUCAACAUUGAGCUAGUCGUCUUCAUCGCUAUUUUUGCUGACGUCGCAACAUUGGCCAUUGCGUACGACAAUGCUCCGUUCUCCAAGACUCCGGUGAAGUGGAAUCUUCCCAAGCUAUGGGGCAUGUCGAUUCUCCUCGGUAUCGUUCUUGCUGUUGGCACUUGGAUCACUCUCACUACCAUGAUUGCCCGUGGGGAAAAUGGUGGCAUCGUUCAGAAUUAUGGUACCAUCGAUGGGAUUGUCUUCCUCGAGAUUUCCCUCACUGAGAAUUGGCUGAUCUUCAUCACUCGUGCCAAUGGUCCGUUCUGGUCGUCCCUCCCUUCAUGGCAACUGGCUGGCGCGAUUCUCCUCGUCGAUGUGCUCGCGACCCUCUUCACCAUUUUUGGUUGGUUCAUUCAAGGCGAUACUAACAUUGUCGCUGUUGUUCGUGUCUGGAUCUUCUCGUUCGGUGUCUUCUGCAUCAUGGGAGGUGUUUACUAUCUUCUCCAGGACAGCUCUGGCUUCGACAAUCUCAUGCACGGAAAGUCGCCAAAGAAGAACCAAAAGCAGCGAUCUCUGGAGGACUUUGUCGUCUCGCUGCAACGCGUCUCCACGCAGCACGAGAAGUCGGCCUAA